AUGGAGGAGAAGGGGCUGCGUGAGAGGAAUUUCAAUCCCACACCACCGGAAGCGCAAUUAAUUUUGUUUGCUGUAUUUAUUAUUAUUGUUGUGUUUAUAUUAUUAUUAUUAUUAUUAUUAUUAUUAUUAUUAUUAUUAUUAUUAUUAUUAUUAUUAUUAUUAUUAUUAUUAUUAUUAUUAUUAUUAUUAUUAUUAUUAUUAUUAUUAUUAUUAUUAUUAUUAUUUAUUAUUAUUAUUAUUAUUAUUAUUAUUAUUAUUAUUAUUAUUAUUAUCAUUAUUAUUAUUAUUAUAUUUAUCACAUCAUUAUUAUUAGUAUUAUUGCUAUUAUUAUUAACUUUGUUUAAUGUGUGGUUCUUUCUCGUUUACCUUCAUUCUAAAUAUGAUGUGUGUCCUAAACUAAAGAACUUAACUGAAGAGACUUUAGAGCUGUCGUACAGGACAUACCGUCAAAAUAUGCAUAUGCGGUCAAAACGACCUGCAGUUGCUCGAGCGACUGUGCUCGAAGAAAAGAGGAAGAAGAGAGAAGUUGCGGGGUGGUGGACUGGGCCCAUCACACGUGCAAAACCGAACACAAUUCUAGAAGAUGUACCAGCAAAUUGUGUUCGACUUGUAAGAGAAGCCCUUUCUUUGAGACAGAAGAUCGUCUCAGAAAGGCUUUCUCAGCCAUUUCUCGGUGACUCCAAAGUUCCAUUCUUUUCGUUUACUCAAGAAGAAAUGUUAGCAUGA